AUGGACGCUUCAAACAUGUCCUUUGAAGCAAAGAUUGCCAUGGCGUUGGGAGGAUCUAGUUGGCAAAGUCUACAGAACAGUAGCACUGCGGAUCCCGUUACUACAGUUGAACAGGCAGCCGGUGCGGAUGAAGAGUAUGAAGACAGUGAUGAUGAUGAUGAUGAUGAUGAUGAUGAAGACGGACAUGGCGGAAACGGAAUUCCCAUAGUGGACGAGGUUGUAGAUACGGGCGCAGCUCAGGAGCCAGAAGUCGAUAAGGCCCUACUCCAGAAACGUAAGAAAAGGCUGGAGCGGUUUGAAAAGACCAUUACCAGAGAUGCGGGAGAGGUGGUUGAGACAAUUGACAUUGCCUCGCUCACACCCAUCUCACAACAAGUGUCAUGGGACCAGGACCCAGAGCUUCUUUGUUGCUACAACUGGCAAGCCUCUACAGAUGGUACCAACACUAUCUUCGUCCCGGGUGAGCCAGCAAAAUGGCAGCAGCCAGCUCUACCACAUCAUUUAGAGCGAGACAGCGGUUUCCAAUACCAAGAUUACAACUAUGCACGGAAGCCAAAGAAUCCUUAUUCUCCUAUGUUCCAGGCACUCAGCGUCAUGAACCCCAAUUUUACGUUCCAUGACGUUGACAUUCUGGCCGAUCGCAACAAUCUCCGCGUGUUGCUCGAAGUUGCUCAGGGCAAAGCCAACGGGCCAUUUCGAUUAAACGUAUACCUGGUCUUCAACACUCUAGUCAUUGUACGCCGCGAGUCACGUUGGUGGAAACUUUCAGACGGCCACAGCUACGGCAUCAAUUUCGAGCGAGACUUUACCACGACAACGGACGACAUGCGUGACGCAACAAGCCACUACCGCGCCAUCCGCUACAAAAUGGGUCCCCUGAACGUAGUCUGCCGCUUCGAAGCAGACGCCUACGAUGACAAUAUGAGAAACGACAACCUCACAGCAUCCGAGGCCGCAGCCACAACCGGCAACGGUGCAGGCCCAACCACCAGGCCCACCUUCAACUACAACGCUCCCAUCCGCGUGCUCCAAAAGGGCCACAUCGUCCCCACCGCGCAAAUGGUCGAGCUAAAAACACAAGCCUACCACCCGGAAAGCAGCACUCUAGUACAGUGCCAAGACCAACUCUGGUUCGGCCGCACAUGCCUCUUAUUCACCGCCCCUUACGACAAAGAGACGGGCCGUGUACAGCGCGUAAAGAAGGAAGAUGCAACAGAGCGCGUAGCGAGGUGGGAAGAAGCGCAGCAAGAAGCGCUCCAGAAACUCGUUGCGCUACUCAUUCGCAUCCGCGCCGUGCUCGUGCGCGAACGCAGACCCAACCGCGCCGUUGUUCUUGUGCGAGAAGCAAAGAGCGGACCCCUCGUGCUGCGCACAAUGGAGGAGAGAAGUCACGCCGUCGACAGGGAAACUCGAGAACUCUUCUGGCCGCUGCGACCUCAGUCGUUUGCCGGAUAUCGGGGACGCGCCGCCGACCGUGGUAGGGGGUCUUUUCACAGUGAGCGCGGUCGUGGGCAGCGUGCUGGACAGGGUGGUAGAGGUAACUUUGCCCCUUCUUUUCCUCCUCCUCCUUUUCAUGGAAGGGGCCAGUAUCCUCAGCAGCAGCAGCAGCAGCAGCAGCCGCAGGGUUGGGUGCCGCCGUAUCACAAUGCUACUCGUGGCCGUGGACGGGGCCAGUUUCGUGGCGGCGCUUCGUCCGGUCCGACGUAUCAUGGUGACCAGAGGUCGGAUGCGGGACAAGGGCGGGGUGCGGGCAGGCCGAAACAUGUUGGUCGUGGUCAAAGCCAGACAUGUCCUUAUUGA